AUUUGGUGAUCUUACCUCGAGAGCGCAACACGCAUACGCAUUCGCACCGAGGCAGUGGCAGCAGUCGACAGCCGAGAACCAAACUUCAAGUUCCGAAUCCAUCAUCAAACACCCAAUAACUUCUGCUGUGUGCUCGUAUCACUCUCUGCCCCCCUUCGUGUUUGUGUGUUUCUGUGUUAAGGCUUUUCCUUGUCAAUUUUAAAACAAUUUUGAAAAGUGAACCCGAAUAUAAUUGCAUAAUUAAAGAAUUUUUCGAAUAUAUCACAGAGUGCUGCGUGUGCGAAAAAAAUACAACACAGAAUAUACAAAAAUAUAUAAAGUAUUGCCAGACUGCUGAAUCAUCAGUAAUAUAUAUAUAGUACUCACAUAAAAACGUACAUAUAUUGAAAUCAGUUUUCGUAGCCUUCACGAACCUCACGCCGUCCACGUCAUCAACAAAAAAGAAUUAAAAUUCAAAUUUUGUAAGCAUUUUUAAGAGGAGAAGAAACUAUAAACGAACGAGUAUAUAGAAUAACUGUAAACAAAAGCCAGGAAAGAGAGCAGAGCAGAGCAACGAUGUCGAAAAAAAACGGAAAGGUUGAAAAAGUCGAAUAUGAAUUCUAUCAGCCCGCGAAGAAGCGAACAUUCGGACAAAUGCUAUACGAUCCCCAGGAGGGAACCUUCUUUGGGCGAACCGGCAAAAGUUGGGGUCAACUGAUGCUGUUCUAUGGAAUCUUCUAUAUUGUUUUGGCCGCCUUGUUCACCAUCUGCAUGCAGGGUCUGUUGUCCACCAUCAGCGACACAGAGCCCAAGUGGCAGCUGAAGCAAUCCCUGAUAGGCACCAAUCCCGGACUGGGUUUCCGCCCACUGAGCGAACAAACCGAACGUGGAUCGGUCAUUGAGUUUGAUGGCAAGAAGCCAGCCGAGAGUGACUACUGGAUCGAGUUGAUGGAUGACUUCUUGAUAGACUACAAUCACACUGAGGGGCGGGAGAUGAAGCAUUGUAGCUUUGGACAGACCCGCAACCCAACCGAUGUCUGUGUGGUGAAUACGGAACUGUUUGGUGCCUGCUCAAAGUCCAAUAACUAUGGCUACAAGACCAACGAGCCCUGCAUAUUCCUCAAGUUGAACAAGAUCUUUGGCUGGGUGCCAGAGGUGUAUGAUGCUCCCCAAAAGGAUAUGCCGGAGGAUCUUGUAAAGCUCAUUACCAACACUAGUCAAGAGGAGCGGAAGCAAAUCUGGGUUAGCUGCAAUGGACAUCUGGGCAAGGAUAAGGAGAACUUCCAGAACAUCAGCUACUAUCCCAGCCAGGGAUUCCCCAGCUUCUACUAUCCCUACCUCAAUCAGCCUGGCUAUCUGAGUCCCUUGGUCGCCGUGCAGUUCCACUCCCCACCCAAGGGCCAGAUGUUGGACGUGGAGUGUCGUGCCUGGGCCAAGAAUGUCAUCUACAGCGGCAGUGCCCGCGAUCGCAUGGGCUCGGUGACCUUCCAGAUUGUCGUGGAGUAAGGCCACGAAACCCGUCGUCACCCAGAAACUGUCGCCAACUUGUGAUCGCAACCACAAACACUAGCCAUAUGCAGGGGGCGAGGAUAUGGCAUCCGCAUCAACGGAAGACCAACUACCAUCUACCAUCUACAAUCCACCUAAUUACAAGAGAUCCAAAAACACACCCACACAGAAGAUAGAAGAUAUAUAUAUAUGCAUAUGGAGACAGCUAGCGACGCCCGUUUUGAAUCGUAUUGUAUAUAUUUAUAUGACGAAAAGAAAGAGUUCUGCGAGCGUCAAUUGAAAUAGAAAUUGUGGCCACGCAACGCGAAUGGCAAGGAAAUGAAAGGAAGAAAGGCCGAUGCGAUAUGGAUAUGGAAUGCAUAAUGAAAAUCUUUAAAUGAAAGUUCAAACCGUACACACACGCAAUUGUUGUUAUAGCUUGUCGGCUUGUCUACUGCUAUAGUGUUAUUAUUAUUAAUAUUUAUCUAUUAUUUUAUUAUGAAUUCUUGUAAUUACGAUCAUUACCUUCUGUCAGUUGUAUUUAGUUUGUAUUUAUAAAUGUUAUACCAUGCCCAAGAACUCGCUUGUUUUCUCCUCACUUUGCUAAACGGGGCCCACUCCCCGUUGAAAUCUGUACAAAGAAGUAACUAAAUAAAUUUUAAUUGUUAAAUCUUAUGUAAAUCAUGGAACCGAAUCUUUCCAUGUUUACCUAAAUCUAAUGAUUAUUUCGUUUUACGAACUGAAAAAGUAUUCAAGAGCUUUGCCACCAUAGUGCAAACCAAGAAAUUCCAGCCAUAUUCAAGCGCGAUUGCUACACACCAUGAAAUUUCAAGCAAAACAUUUGUAUCAUUUAUCUAAUAAGAUUUUUCGAAAUUACUACUGGCGACUAUCGCACGAGUCGACAAAAUGAAAUGAAAUUAAGCAAAUUAUGUUUUUGUGUUGCAAAUAAUUAACGAA